GGCCUUCGAGCUGGGCUGCGAUCGCUGUGUGUGAUUCUCCUUCGUGCGCGGCCGGGGAUGGAGAUAAAACUAGCGCUUUCCACCAAAUUGUGUCCAUUCUUUAUUGCUUCCAAGAACUUCCAAGGAACUCUUGAUUUCGCUGGGUUAGUUAAGCGCUGGGAUAGUACGGGUAAGGUGACAUCGCUCAGAGAACAUCCUGUGGUCUGUAGCACAGGAAAGGGGAGAUAAAAGAAGGAGAAUAUAGAAUGAAAUACUCCUAUUGAGCACAUGGACGCAAAGGACUCUGCAUUUUGCAAAAGGGCCAGAAAUGGUUCUUCUGGCUGCAAGGAACAUUUCAGCUCUUAGUGGCUGUGCUUCAGUCCGGAAAUGACCGUAGUGAUUGAAGUUCCUCAUAGCCCCAGCACAUCACUUUUGUGUGAGGAAAUGCUUCAUCACCCCUACUGAGUCUCUGCACUGGAAACAUGCAAGCCCCCUGUGAACGUGAAGACACAAACUUGCUGCUCCAGCCACUGUUUGAGGGACAGAAUUAUGGAGCUGCUGCAGAGGAGGGCACAGAGUGUCCAUCUGUGGCUGUGUCAAGGAACAAUCCGGCAAAGAGGGAUUGCCUGGUAGUUGCUGUGCUGUGCUUUGGGAAUUUAAUAAAUUUCAUUGAUUGGUUCAUUGUGCCAGGGAUCCUGUUGGAUAUACAGAAAUACUUCAGGCUCAGUGAUGGGAAGACAGGUCUACUGCAGACAGUCUUCACCUUGUGUUACAUGCUGGCUGCCCCCAUCUUUGGAUACCUUGGAGAUCGCUACAACAGGAAGAUCAUCCUUGGAGCUGGCAUUUUCUUCUGGUCUGGUGUGACCUUGGGGAGCUCAUUCAUCACUGAGUCGCAUUACACGAUAUUUGUUCUUUCACGAGGAUUGGUUGGCAUUGGCUCUGCCAGUUACUCCACUAUAGCACCUACCAUCAUUGCAGACCUGUUUGAGGAAGGAAAAAGGACCACAGUGUUAUCUAUCUUCUACAUUUUCAUUCCAGUGGGAAGUGGCUGUGGUUAUAUGCUGGCAGCUGGCAUGGCAAAAAGCACUGGUGACUGGCACUGGGCAUUCAGGGUAACUCCUUGCAUGGGAGGACUGGCACUGCUUCUCCUGAUUCUGCUGGUCCCUCACAGGAUCCAGAGAAAGACAGCAGCACACAGAGCACUGAGCAUCUCUGGCAUGGUAGGAAGAGCAGAUGAGAAGCCAGAUGUACACAGAACUACCAAGACUACUUGGUGUCAAGAUGUGGGAUCACUGGUCAAGAACUGUAGUUUUGUCUGUUCCUCACUGGGUCUCACUGCCAUGGCCUUUGUCACUGGAGCCCUGGGAAUGUGGAUGCCACUGUUUCUGUACAGAGCUCAGGUUGUGCAGGGCCUUGUCCCACCGUGCCUCCAAAGCUCGUGCAAUUCAUCGAACAGCCUAAUAUUUGGAGGCAUCACCAUUGGGACAGGAAUCUUGGGUAUUAUUGCUGGGGCAGAAGCUGCAAGACGUUUAAGGAAGAUAAACAACAAAGCUGAUCCUCUGAUCUGUGCCACAAGCAUGUUCAUUUCUGCACUCUGCCUCUACAUAGCUCUGAUGGUGGCCCAGACAAACAUCCUUUCCACUUUUAUUUUUAUUGCAUUUGGAGAACUGUUUUUGUCUGUAAACUGGGCUGUUGUGACAGACAUACUGCUGUACGUGGUGACGCCGCGGCGACAGUCCACAGCCAUCGCCCUGCAGAUCUUGGUGAGCCAUUUGCUGGGAGAUGCAGGCAGCCCGUACCUCAUCGGGGCUAUCUCCAAUGCUAUCCAGGCCAGGAACACCCCCUCGCUGCAGUGGAGUUUCCGGAGCAUGCAGUACAGCUUUGUCACCUGUGCCUUUGUUGGGGUCUUUGGAGGAGGAUUUUUCCUCCUGACAUCUUUCUACGUCGAGGAAGAUCGGAGAGAAGCACAGAGGCUCUGAGGUGUCUGUGUUGAUAACUUUGAACCCUGGAUGUGGUGGCCUGUUUGACAGCAGCCACGGGAUUGUCUCUGUAACAUUAAUAAACCAUGUUAAUUAAUGUC